UUGUUAUUUUGAUAUUUCAGGAAUGAAUCAAGAAGCAAUACAGCGAGUUGCACAAAACCUUCCGCAUCACAUGUUGCACUCGCUAUCGCAAGUGGCGAAUCAAACGCCGCAUCACUAUCCGCCGCACACUCCGGGAGCGGCUAGUGCUACCGGCUACGGCGGAGUGCACACGUAUCCCAACACGCCGUACACGCCGUCUGGCCAAACUCCGUUUAUGACUCCGUAUCAGACGCCGCAUCAUACGCCGCAUCACGGCCAGCCCACUCCCAGAUACGGUCAACAAACUCCUAGCCAUCAUCAAGGACCCUUCGUACACCCGCCGCCACCCUCGAUGACGCCCGGCCAUCAUAGGUCCGCUCAAUCGCACAGACCUACACCACCCCUGUCCACUCCUUCCGGCGAUCCCAUGGAUUGGAAGAAGACCGGCGAUCCCACGGACUGGAAGAAGGCCGCCGAAGCGUGGGCACGUUUGAAAAGCGGUCCUCGAGUAUCCGGAUCGACGCCCAGGUACGAAGAGUCCAGAAAAACUCCGCGUAACUACGACGACCCAAUCGGUAGAACGACGCCCUCCGGAAGGAGCAGGCCCUCCUCCACGCGUACUCCAUCGUAUAAAUCUCCGCGAGGUACUCCACACACGAAUUCUAGUCCACGGAGUAUGUCUCUCAGCGGAGAUGGUACUCCUCUCUACGAUGAGAGCUAACGGGAUUGUGCAUAGCUGAUAAUAUUUAUUAGUUACGUCAUAUCAUGCUAUGUAUGAGAUAGUAAGAGUACGUGUGGCCCCUCGACGACGGGUAAUUUGUCUCACCCCG